AGACUCCGCACAGAAGACACCCCAGCCGGGGAUUGACGUCAAUUUAAGCUAAUGAAUGAGGGACACUGUCAUUUUCCAUUUCCUCCUAGGGUUGUAAUUUGGCUGGUGGUGUAUGCGUUUUAGUAAUCCUAGAAUUUUAUAUGGAGAUUUUUUUGUCCCAACUGACAUUGGUUUGAGAAAAGAGGCCACGCAAAUUGUAAACUGUAAUGAUGGAUCCUUAAAAAAAUUAGAACAAGUUACAGUGGCUGAUUAUGCCAACUCUGAUCCAGCUGUUGUGAAGUCUGGAAGAGUCAAAAAAGCUGUAGCAAAUGCUGUCCAAAAAGAAGUAAAAUCACUUUGUGGGUUGGAGGCUUCCAGUGUUCCAGUUGAAAUACUGUCCAAUCAGCAGGCUGGUGAACUGGACUAUAACAGUGACGAACUGGAAGAGGGCACCAGGGAGCCAAAUGCUACUAGAAAGAAAAAAAGCAAACAUUGCAAAGAGAACAGCAUGGAUAAUGAAGGUGACGAAUAUCCUGUAGAUAUCUGGCUGUUACUUGCUUCGUAUAUUCGCCCAGAAGAUGUGGGCAAGUUUGCCUUGAUAUGUAAAAAUGCAUGGAUCGUCUCAUGUACGGCUGCCUUUUGGUCCAGACUGUACAAGAGGUUUUACCACUUUGAUGCUUGCCUACCUUUUCGUUUACAGCCUGACUCCAUGGGAAAGCUGCGAUGUCUUCGUGCUUGUGUAAUUCGAUCUCUCUAUCAUAUGUAUGAGCCAUUUUCUUCUCGUGUCUCAAAAAACCCACCCCUUCCAGAGUCUACACCUAACAGUUUACAUAAUUCUAAAUGCUUGCUGUUCUGGUGCAGUAAGGUAGUUGGGACCAGACCAGAACCAACGUGGGAAUUCAAUUUCAAGUUUAGGAAACAGUAUCCUAAGUUUAAGAGUGGCUGUCGGAAUGGGCUACAGCUUCCUCGGCAGUACCAGGAUGUUCACUUUAACCCGGACCAUGACUGUUGCCUGUUGCAAGUCACCACCCUGAACUUUAUUUUUACACCAGUAGUUCUGGGCAUGACCCUGACCUUGUUUACGAUCAGUGUGAGUACAGACAUGCGUCAUCACAGAGUCAGACUGGUAUUCCAGGACUGUCCUGUAUGGAAUGGAAGAAAGCCCAAAAGCGAGCAAGGCCUCCAGAUCGUAUUGGACCCUGUUCAUAGCGUGCGUGUCAUGGAUUGGUGGCAUCCACAGUACCCCUUUUCUAGCAGUGCAUAACCAGUACUGUUAAAAUGUCUCCUCUCAUAUUGGUGGUCUACUUUCUGUAGCCCAAUUCUUGUCCAGAGUACUCUCCAGCUUCCAUUUUGAAGCUGAGCUGCAAGUAGCAUUUAGUCGAGGUAAAACAUGGAGACGUUUUUGAAUGGGCAGUUUUUUGGAGAUUGUCUUCAGUAUAUGUUAUGAAAACCUUGAAAACCUUGGGUGCUGCAAACUUGAUUUCGUCUUUUUUUUUUUUUUUUUUUUUUUUUCUUGCUUCUUAAAAGUUUAUUUUUCCAGCCUUGUUUAGAAGGAUUUGUAUCUGCAGAACAGCAACUUUAUUAAACCACAACAAUUAGCAGGUGACAAGCAAUCUUAAAGUCAUUCAGAGGACUUGUGUUGCAUUUGAUGCAUUCUGAGUCGGUGAUGGAGAUAGGGCAAUAAAACAGUUUUUUAUGUAUUUUUACAACUGUCCAUUUAAGUUAAUGCAGGUAUUUACUUCGAGGAGAUAAUUUAAUAGGUAUUUUUUAUUAAAAAAAAAAAUGAAAUAGUAAAAUGUCUUAGUUGUGUUCUGCUUUCUGACCAGUAGGUGGCUCCAUAUUAAUACACUUCAGCAGUCAUUUAUAAUUUUGGAAUAGACAAGUUUUAACCCUGUUGUGUCAACUCAAGACAAAAUGAAGUUUAGUUGAUCUUGCGUGUAUUUAUAGAAAGUACAGAAAAUUUCCCAUUUGGAGCUCUGUGAAAAUUAUUCAAAAUUAUACAGCUGUCACAUUAAGUAGUGCAAAAGAUCAAACCUAAAGUUACCUUCCUGUUAACUAAGAAUUUGGUUGUAUGUAUGGUUGUGGAAGAUGUAGAUUAGAGCCCAUUUUAUUUGCUCACCACAUUUUUAAUUUGCAACAUAUGCUUUGCAACCAACAGAAUUGGUUUGGUCAGCGUUAGAUGUAAAUUGAAAAUGACAUGCCAAAGCUCAUUAUUUUUGUAUCAGGUUCUCAUGGCAUAAUAUUGCACAGCAUCUUCAUCAACCCUGUUUGCUGGGAGCCUGGUCUUUUGGUACAGAGGGAUGAAGCUCUGACCAUGGCCCAAGUGACCUGUGGUAGAUUAGUAGCAUGGAUGCAUAAGGCGUCAGGUGGGAGACGAUGGGCUUAAGUGGCUAACAAGGUUUCACCCAUUCUGAGGUAAGGAAUCAGUCUGUUUGGCCUGCUCCGUGUGUGAUACUUAGGGUAGGUGAUUACCCACGAAAGAGGCAAGAUAAGUUCACACUGAUAUAUACAUCUGAGCUAGUGGUUGUAGAUGUGUGUGUGUGUGUGUGUGUGUGUGUGUGUGUGUGUGUGUGUGUGUGUGUGUGUGUGUGUGUUUAUGCACGUCUCUCUCUUUUAUGCAGGCAGUUGUCAUGAGUUUGUGAGUACAUGGUGGUAGGAAAGAAUAAGCUGUUCUACAGGACCAGCAGGCUGGCCAACUCCCCACCACCUUAGUCUCACUGCAGGGGAAUAGGUGGGCUGUUUGGCUUUCUGGGUGGGAAUGGGUGGCUGUGUGGCUGUUGCCUAGUUUAAAUGCCUGGCUUCUGACCUUACAGAACAAGAAGUCUGAGUGCAAGUAGGGAUGCUGUUAGGGGCAGAGUCUUGUGUAGGGGAGACUACUAUCGUGGGAAGAGUCAUUCAGAUAGUUUGGGAAUGUUAAUUUGAAGUGAGCUCCUAAUGUCAGUGACCUGUAAAUUGCUAAAGGUCAUUGAACUCAUUACUGAUGUCCAGAUUGCCAAAUAAUAUGCAGUUUAUAUGUAUAGAAGUCCUUUGUUGAUUUUUUGCCAAGAGUGGGCUGUGUUGCUUGAUAGUAAACCUUUCUUCACUGAAGGUAAAGGUUAUAACCGCCUAUUACUGUCUUUUAGACCUGGAUCCUAAUCUGUCCCAAGGAGCAGUACAAAAACUCCUUCCUCAUCUGUCAGCUGCACAAUCUGAGGAUGUGUAGGGCUGAAGUAGGAAAAAGGUUGAUAGAGCAGUUCUGCUCUUUUUUUUUUUUGUGCUGAGAAUUGUUCCAGUAUACUCCUCGCACUGUUUGUCGGAUUAGUAAAUUAUGAAUACUGGAUUUUCAUUUUGAAUUGAGAUUAGAUGAAAAAGUUUAAUCACCUAAGCUUUCUUUAUUCUUUGCUUCAGAUAUUGAGCUUGUGUGUAGGUGUCAUUAGUGAAGCACAUUUCUGACUGCCACGUCUGUAUCAGCUUUUCUGUUGAUUUGAUUUAUAAACAUCAUUCUCAGCUUAAUUGCAUUUUAGAAAUGCGUGAACUCUGCAGGAGAUCUCUGGUAUUUGUGUGUAUAGAUCUUUGUUAAUUAUUUCUUUCAUAUUUUUGAACUCUGAUUGAAUGUUUUUAAAUUUUAAUUGAAUUAAGUAUGUUUUAUGAAAUUAUUUUUCAAGAACGCAUCCCGGUGAAUGGCCAGUAGAAUUGCAUAUAAGAUGAUGAUUUCUCACCGUGUCAGUCUGUACUGAAAGUUUAUCACCUUGUGGAUAUUUGUUCAGGUGUCUCCUGUAUUGUUUGGGUAUUCAACCCCAUAUAGCAGUAAGUAGUCCAUAGUAGAUUAUUUUUUCUUCUGGCAAGUAUUCUGUCUUCAGAGUUCCCAGCUACAUUUGGCAGAACCCUGUUAGGAAAGUUUUCCCUCAGAAAACCUAACAUUUGAUUAACUAUUUGUGGGUAAUUUAUAAAUGUCUACACGUGAACCAGAAUAUGCAAGUUCCUUUGGUCUCCACCUUCAGAAUGCCCAUUUAUGAGCACAUCUUUCACUCAGUAUGUCCAGGCUCUAGAAUGAUUGAGUCGAAGUCUGAGAUUGUGUGCUUUGGUCAGUGUAAACUGAACACACCUGUGGGCAAGCAGACUGGAUAUGUAAUAGAUUGCAACUACUCUGACUUUGUACAUUUUCAUAUCCCAUUAGAACAUGGUCUGUCAGGAUUGUUUCUGCCUCCCCAGCCUUUCUGAGGGGUGUCGGCCUUGGAAGUAUGCAAAGUGGUAGCCUGAGGCUUAGCAUACAUUUAAUAGAUGCAAUUGCUGUAGCUGUUAUUCAGGGGUUUGAUACUUGGCCUCCACCCAUUCUUUGGUUAUGUAGCUUUAAUUCUAACCAAGUGACAAAUGAUUUUAGUGAAGACAUAAGUGGGUGAAACUAUGGAGUACACUUGUAAGUUAUCCAGUAACACUUGAGUGAAUCCAUGUAUAUCUCUAUUAUAUUACAUUUCCCUCACACUUUCUCCUCCCCCUUUCCCCUCAUUUACCUUGUUUUCUAUUUGCAGUUAAGACUGUAGUAGACUUGGUGUUAGUCUGGCUAUGUUCAGAAUGACACCAUGCUAUGAUCAGCAGUGUAUUACUGUAAUGCUGUUUAGGUGCUUCAAUGUAGUCUUGCUGUUUCAGCAAUUUUUGUGAUAAUCCAUAUUGCAAUAACCUUGUGAAGUCACUCUUUUUACAUGCCAUUGUCACUACUUCUUGAUUCUGUUUAUAUUUAUAACAUCUCCUUAAUUCAUAUUUUUCCUCUAUCUCUGUAAUUUGGUAACACUCUGCCUGGUCCUACACUGAAAAAUAGUCCUCAACACAGAGACAGUCAAGAGAACAAAGUGUAAAAUGAAUGUCAGACAAAUUCCUUAGAGAGGCUUCCAUUUGCCGCCUCCUCUGUUUGUAGCAAAAAUAAACUGGCACACUGCUGCUUGGACCAUCAAAGGGUGCCAGUUUUUUUUGCAGCUGUCCUUCAGAGUUUUGGCUGUGAGACAUGGAGUUGAGUUAACAGCCUGACACCAUGACAGUACUGUCUUUCAAUCAAGAGUUGCAGUCUGCCAUCCAACAAAAGUAUAUGAAGAGCCACGCAUUGCAGGGGUUGAAUACCUAAAUGAGAAUUGGCAUCAUGAAGAUAUAAAUAUAUUUGUGCAUCUGCCAUUAUGGUGGAUAUGUCACACAGUUGUACUUGCUUUGUACAGUACCUUUCCCAUUGUGUAUACUUUGUGUUCCUGUGCUGUUUAGGAAAUUACUGCAGCAGAGGAUCUUGAACGAAGUUUGUGUUUAGCAAGCAGGCACCAUUUUUUCAUUAACUUAAAUUGAUUACACAUUUUAUAAAUUAUGAGUUAUUUAAAUUGAUUUUUUUUCAAAAUUUGUAUACUAAAUACAGUACAGUUUGAAUGAAUGACUUUCACUUUGAAGGUACUACAGUAAUAAACAUGUUAAGCAAU